GGUAGCAUCCUAAAAGCCAAGACAUACAAAUAAACAAUAAAUACAACUGCUGCGGAUUGCAAAGGGUGCAAAACGGUGGGUUUGGUGGGGUCUGUCGGCUCAUGCAAGAAGGGGAAGCCCUGGAGGCAAAGAAAAAGGAGGAGGAGGAGGAGGAGACUAGAGGCUGCAAAAGGGUCGCUGGCAGCGAGAGGUUUCCCAAAGCCCCACUCCAGAUCAGAGCCUGUGUUGCUGAUCCCCCACAUCGUUCCUUGUCCGGAUCCCCUCUCCAGAUCCGGGCCAGAACAAGCUACAGGAGUGGCAGAGGGGAAACCUGAUGGAAGAGCAGGACCCAGCAGGACCCCAAACAGAGGAGACAUUAGAAGGAGGAGGAAGACAUUUUCCUGUUUAUCGGGUUGGGAGCACUGAGGAGGUCCAAAUUGAGGAAGGUCCACAAGAUGCUAAGCGGCUACCGGAUGAGGCCGCGCCACUAGGUACUAAAAGAACUCCAGGUGAGGAGGCUGCGCAGGAGGCUCAGCAGGUACCUGAUGAAGCAGGUCUGCAACAGGCCAGCCAGACAACUGACAAAAAUCUCCAGCGGCCCCAGGUCACCCAACAGCAGGAUUUCCAGAAGGCCGCCAAGUCCCGGAGGAAGCUGCUGGUGCCUACGCGAUGGGACCACACCAAAUCUUUUCAGACUUCCUUCAGGAGAAUAGCUGAUGCCAUCCAGUGGCCCGGAGAAGAGAGGAAGACCCAGAAUCUGCUAGACCUCAGUAGGGAAGCCACUCAAGUCUAUAAGACCCUGGGCUCCAUUGGGCAAGUAGCUGGCGAGGACGCCGCCAGUUUGGAGUUAUGGCGCCGGCGGUUCAGGCAGUUCUGCUACCUGGAGGCCGAGGGACCCCGAGAAGUUUGCAGCCGGCUCCAAGACCUUUGCUUCCAAUGGCUGCAGCCGCAGAAACGCACAAAGGAGCAGAUCCUGGAGCUGCUGGUCUUGGAGCAGUUCCUGGCCAUAUUGCCGCAGGAAAUGCAGAUCUGGGUCAGGAAGCGGGGACCGGAGACCUGUGCUCAGGCGGUGACCCUGGCAGAGAUUUUCUCUUGGAAGCUGCAAGACCACGAGAGGUGGGAUCAGCAGGUGCCGGGACCCUUUGAAAAAGUGGCUGUAAAUUUCUCUAAGUUAGACCCCUUGAAGAUGCAGCUGUACGUGGUGGCCAUGCAGGACGAUGAAAGGAUAAACAGCUUGUUGGCAGGCAAUGGUCAAGCGAGUGAAAGUGAGGAGGAGAAUCUCCUGCUGGAAAGGCCGGGGCAAGUGGAGUACCGCAGGAUGUCGCUGGAAAGAGCUAAAGGGGGCGUCUUCCUAUUUCCUGAGGUGGGAGAGGUGCCCCAAAACCAGCUGGUCACUGGAAGGAAAGUCUUCCAGUUUCUAGAGACUGAAAACACAUCAGGAAGCCAGCAGGCCCCGGAGAAACGCCAAGGAAGGCUCCGGGAACAGGCAGCGAAAAAGGCCUUUCAUUCUGAAGGGGCGGGAAGUAUAAAUGAGAGCACUUUACACGAGGGGCUUGAGGCAAGUCCUCGAAAAAAGACAGUCACAGGGAAAAGCUCUAGCCAGAGUACUUUUAAAAGCAUUAAUGUCCAGGCAGGGAAAAAGUCAUACAGAUGCUCGUAUUGUGGGAAAAAUUUCAACCACGCCUCCGCUCAUUUGGUCCACGAGAGGAUCCACACAGGAGAGAAACCAUAUAACUGCUUGGAGUGUGGGCAGAGUUUCAGUCGGAGAUCGCACCUUACUAGACACCAGAGAAUCCACACAGGCGAGAAGCCACACACAUGCUCAGAAUGCGGGAAGAACUUCAGCCGGAGAUCCCACCUUAUUGAACACGAGAGAACCCACACAGGAGAGAAGCCGUUUGCGUGCUCCAUCUGCGGGAAAAGCUUCAACUACCGUUCCCUCCUGAAAGAGCAUGCAAGGAUCCACACAGGAGAAAAGCCAUAUAAAUGUUCAGACUGUGGGAAAAGCUUCAAUCGGAGAGAAAGCUUUAUAAUACACGAGAGGACACACACAGGGGAGAAGCCGUACGAGUGCCUAGACUGCGGGAAAAGAUUCAGUCAGCGGUCAAACAUUACUGCCCACGAAAAAACCCAUAUGGGAGAGGGGAAAUGCAAGUGCUUAGAGUGUGGGAAAAGCUUCUGUAGUUCAACCAGUCUCCUAAAACAUCAGAAAAUCCACACAGAAGAAAAAGCAUAUGGGGGGGAGAAAGGAACAAGAACAAAAGGAACCCAGGCUGCGCUCCGUCCCUGGAUCUUUCCCUCUCCUCCGCGGAGUUUAGCAAUGAUGAGCGAGGAGAAGCCGCAGCUGAAAAAGGAGGCGAUCUCCCAGGAAGAGGAGGAGGAAGAGGAGGAGGAGGAGGAGGGAGGGAAGCUGGUGAAAGAAGUCACCAUCCCCCGGGAGAAAGCAGAGAAUGGUAAUCUAGUGGAAGAAGAGGAGAUCCCCCAGGAGGAAAAGAACUGGGUGAAAGAGGAGGAGAGCUCCCAGGAGGAAGAGGAUUAUUGGGUGAAAGAGGCGAUCCACGUGGAGGAAGUAGAAGAUGAAUAUUUCAUAAAAGAGGAGAGUCUUCCAGAGGACGGUUAUGAAGAGACAGAAGCUUAUGGAGAGACAGAAGAUUAUGAAGAUCCAGAAGGUUAUGAGCAGACGGAAUGUUAUGAAGGUUACGAACAGGCAGAAAAUUAUGGGCAGGCAGAAGGUUAUGAAGCUUAUGAGCAGGCAGAAGGUUAUGAAGCUUAUGAGCAGGCAGAAGGUUAUGCGCAGGCAGAAGGUUAUGAAGCCUAUGAACGGGCAGAAGGUUAUGAGCAGGCAGAAGAGGGUGAGGCCCUUCUUGAGGAAUAUGAAAUAAAUGUUUUCCAGAUUCCUGGGGAUGAUGAGCCAUGUUAUAGCGAGCCUGUUCCUGAGAGCCAGCAAGUCUAUGUCCCAAAGAAGAGACGGAGAAAAGCUGUGCCGGCAGACGGAAAAGACGCACAACCUGACAAAGCCACAGUCGCGAAGGUAAGAAAAAUCUAUAAGUGCCCCGAUUGUGGGAAAAUCUUCAAACGGUGUUCUCCCCUUAUCAGACACCGGAGAACCCACACUGGGGAGAAACCUUACGUCUGCCGGGAAUGCUUGAAACGCUUCAGCGACAGCUCGGCCCUGGUUAAGCACCACCGAAUCCAUGCAGGAGAGAAACCUUACACGUGCCCUGAGUGUGGGAAGAGUUUCUCCCAAAGCUCAACCCUUAUUGCGCAUCAGAGAAUCCACACUGGAGAGAAGCCGUAUGUGUGCCCCGACUGCGGGAAGAGCUUCAGCGUGAGCUCCAAUCUUGUUGCUCACCAGAGAAUCCACACAGGAGAGAAGCCUUUUGGCUGUCCUGUCUGCUUGAAAGGCUUUCUGGUCAGCUCCCAUCUCAUCAGACACCUAAGAAUACACACAGCAGAGAAGCCUUACAUUUGCCGAGAAUGCGGGGAGUGCUUUACCCAGAGCUCCCACCUCGUUGUGCAUAAGAGAAUCCACACCGGCGAAAAACCUUAUCUGUGUUCCGAGUGCGGGAAGAGCUACCGUGGGAUCUCAGAUUUGAUCCAGCACCAGAGGAUUCACACCGGAGAGAAGCCCUACAAGUGCCCCGAGUGUGGGAAAUGUUUCAGUCAGAGCUCAUGCCUUAAGAAGCACCAGAGGAUUCACACAGGGGAGAAACCUUUCAUGUGCCUCAAAUGUGGGAGAAGGUUCAAUCGGAAUUCACAUUUGACCAGGCACCAGAAAACCCACACAGUUUGAUUUUGAUUUUUUUUUCCCGUUGGAAGUUCAUCUCCAUAAUUACAGCCACUAUAGAAUAAGUAAAGCCAGGUAUUGUGAAAUAGGAAGCCUUUCCCCAUCCUCCAAAGGAACUUUUGUCCAACACUCGUAUUGGAGGAAUAUCAUCAGGAGAAUAAUAUAUUGGAUACAAUUGCCAGUUUUCUUCUAAAAUGUCUCCCCCCCCCCAAUCUGGCUCCUACUCUCCAUCCACUUCUUAACAGGAUUCUAGUAUCUUCCCCAGAUUAUAUUCUAUACCGUGUUCUUUCCUUUUUACUCGUUCUUUCCUUUUUACUCGUUUUAAAAUGUCAACACCAUUGUCAACACCUUCAGACAGAUCAGCUCUCGAGUUUUUGUAUGGAUUUAGAGACUCGCUCUCGGUGGCCUCUGAUUGGUUUUUCCCAAAUCCUUGGAAGCUGUGAUAGGUGGCCGAGGAGAAGAGAGAGAGAGAGAGAGAGAGAGAAAAGACAAUGAGGCUAUAACCUAAUACCAGACUCUGUAAUGAUGCCAGCACUUUCCUUUUUCUCUGUUGUGGCAGAGCAUAAACUUAACAUGCAUCAUCAAGGGGAUUGCCUGUGUGUCUGCAUGCUGCCACUCUCUGCAGUGAGAGAAAGGCAAAAGAGGGAUCAAGAAACAGAACUGCCUGGCAUGCCCCUUGUCUUGUUUUUAUCCUGCUACAGUAGUAGGCAAUGGAAUCUUGACUGCCUGGGAAUCUGAGCCUGCAUCACCUCCAAGGCAUGGUGACUCUGAAUUGUGGAUGUUGUUGAAGUUGGCGAGGGGGUCAUAUAUCUCAGGAGCACAGCGUCCAGAAGGCCCAAUUUCCAGUCCUUGGCAUUUACAGCUAAAAUAAGUCUCCGGUGCUUGUGGUUGGGAAAGAUCUCUCUCUCUCUCUGUCUUGGAGCACACUGCUGCCUGUCAAAGUUGACAGUAUUGGGGCCCAAUGGACCAGUGCCCUGACUCAAUGUAAGACAGCUUUCAGCGUUCAAGUUCCUUGGCGUCUGCUCUGGUCAGUUGUACCCUAAGAAGAAAGGCAGCGUGGGAAGUCUCCAUUAAAGGGCCUGUCUGGCAUUAACUGAGAACAAAUGGGGGUUCCUCACCCUGUCUGGUUUUUUUCGCAUGCAUUGUGGGCUCACGACAACACCAGAGCUUUAAAAUACCAGUGUUAAUUCCUCCCCUACCUAAUGAUCUUACUUUCUUUUUAGCUGAGUUGAAUAGUUUUAAAGUAAUAUUAGGAUAGCACCUGACCCCAGGUAUAGGGUAUAGGAUGGCUGCCUGAGCUAUGAACCACAAAGACUUUGGCUUGAAUCUCGCCUCUGCCACGAACGGACUUCUUGGCCUGACACAAGGCCCACAUUUCUCUCAGCUUCAACCGCCUACCCAACUGCAGUAUGAAGAUAAUAAUACCGACCUUCCUUACAGGGAUUUUAAUGAGAUAUUCUACGUGGAGCGCUUUGAACAUUCAGAAAGUGCUCUGCGAAUGCUAAGUUAUUGUUUUAAUCUGGGAUAAGUUUUGACUUCCUUGAAUGGGGACAUGUAACUGGGCUCCAUGAUGUGUUCUGCUUACACUUCUCUCCGUGUCUCUGUUCUCUUCUGAGCAUGAGCAAUACUCCCUCUGAGGCAAAUGUGAGAGACCUGAGAUGGGCAAAGGAUCUGAAGGGGUGCAGCGCUGACUGGGAAGGGUUGGAGGUACAGAAAUUAGCCCCAAUCUCAUCUCGGGGGCAGGCCAAAGACUCAGAGGUGCCCUUAAAAAGAAGCACACAAGGAGCAGGACAGAAGAUAGCUGCCUCAAUAUUCGACUGCUUGAGAAGUAUCUAAUAAGCUUUAUUCAGUCGUUCAUCCUGGAUCUGCACAUGCAAAAGUGUUGUCUGCCCUGCUCCCAUUGUUGUAAACAUACCCACCCAACCAAAGGUCUGAAGAGGGCCUUUAAACACGUUUGCUUGAACAGGCCUACAAGCCUUGCAAUUGCCUCUGACAAGGCAGGUUCCCAAUUGUGUGGAAGCUUAUAAGCAUUUUUCAAGCACAUGUUUUUACAAGCCCCCUUUAGGCCUUCACACAAAGGUUGGGUGAAGAGCAGGCAUGCCUCUGGUGCACCUGGAGACAUUUGAGGCAGGUCCAACUCUUGCUGCCCAACCCUAGAUAUUUUGCCCUCAUGUCAAGCUGAAUGGCUCAAGCAACCUAUAUUUCUCUGUUCCUUUAAGCCCCUGUUCCUGUUUACACCAGAACAUCCCCAAAUCUAAUUAUGGUUAAGAUGUCUGCCUGCUGUAUACAGAAGCAGUGUUGUUUUUUUAAAAAAAAUUAUUCUAAACCUAAAAAAGGGUGAUGUGUUAUUCUCCCAAAGUAUGUGCAGAGCCCCAUGCUUGCUGGGUAUCUGUACUUUUAGAGUGUAAUUUUAAA